AUGGCACCGAACGCAACGUCAAUGCCAACGGAACCAGACUUUGUAAUUUCAAGCUCCGUGUACGCCUCCUAUGUGGCUUACGUUGUGCUAGUGUUGAUCUUCGGCUUGAGCCAGAACCUCUUGACAUUGUACGUGUUUUACAGUGAUAGGCGUCUACAUUCCAUGCACAACUAUUUCAUCGUCGGACUCAGUCUAGCGGAUAUAGGGAUGUGUGUGUUCGGCAACUGGAUGAUCAUUGCUUCUUCUUUCAGUCAACACUGGGUCUUUGGACGAACUGGGUGCGUGUUCUAUGGCUUUGCCACAACGUGGUUUGGAAUCAGCCAGAUUUCCCUUCUCGCCGCCAUAUCAAUAGACCGUUACGUCAUCAUCGUGAAACCACGCGGCAUAGUGAUGACGAAACAAAAAGCUUUCAAACUCGUUAUGUGCUGUUUUGGGAAUGGUUUUGUUUGGGCUUUGAUGCCUGCCAUUGGCUGGAAUUCCUAUUCACUGGAAGGCAUUGGUGUGCGCUGUGCAAUCAACUGGCGGAGUCACGUGACCUCUGACAUCACAUAUUAUAUGGCCAUUUUAAUCUGCGGAUGGAUUUGCCCCCUCUCGCUCAUUCUUUUCAGUUACAGGAACAUUUUCAUAACGUUGCAAUGCAAAAGAACCAGAAUCCUCGAACAAAGCAAGUUGAAAGGACGAACGAACAGACAACGCAAUGACAGAAAGAUGGCGAUCACUGUUUUGUGCAUGAUAUGUGCGUUCUUCAUUAGCUGGACUCCAUAUGCCAUCGUCACACUCUGCUCCGCCUUCGGUUACUUCAGAAAACUCCCUGUUGUGGUCACCGUGUUACCAGCCCUCUUCGCCAAAUCCUCCAUAAUAUGGAACCCGACUAUCUACGUUGCGAGGAACACUCUCUUUAGGAGGGCUUUGUUCCAGCGAGUACCGUUCUUGCACAACUUGCAUCGCACUUUAAGCACUUAAUCAAAGCAGACCGUAAUGCAAACUUCGGAAGUUUCCGUCAACAAAAUCCGAGAUAUAACACAUUUCCAAAGCAGUUCGGAAAAAGCAAGCAUUAAUACAUAUCUUUGAGGGAAAAAGACGUUCACUGAUUUAAAAAAAAAAACAACGUAAAGAUAAUAUACACAAAAAACAACGUUUGAAAUCGUGACCUUGAUAAUUAAAAGCGUUUUUGUUAACUUAUAUCAGUAUUCAAACGUUUGAUAUUGUGACCGAGAUAUUGAGAUUUAAAUGCGUUUGUGUUACUGUUUGACAAUUUCAAUUCGUGAUAUAUCUUACAAAACUUUGUAUAUAAAGUGAAAAACAUGUUUGCUGAUAUUAAAGUGAUAAUUGCUCAAGUGAAAUAUGUGUUAUCAUUUUUAUUCAGUUCUUUGCAUGUGGAGAAUUCUGACAAUGAGCGUAAAAGCCGUUAUUGCAACAUUGUAAAUCUCCUCCAUUGUUAAAUACAGUGAAUGAAACUCGUAAAUUGCACAGUGUCACCUUCCUUAAGACUUGAUUGUCUAGACAAAGUCAACUAGUCGAACAAUAGUAAAAACACUUGGAUCACAAUCCAUAUACAUUUGACACAAUAUAAAUUACGAUAUGAUAAACGGGUUAUGAUAUUGAUGUCCGUUGGUGUGGUGCUUAUAUAAUAUGUAGUUAUGUAUUAGUUUGUCUUGUACAAUGCAUAUAUUUGAUUUUUUUCUGCAUGUUAUCGUUGUUAUGCAUAAUGGGAUUUAAAGCAAUCGUUAAUUGUCAAAUAAAAGC